AUGCACCAGCUUAUGCUUACGGUGGAUGGACGACAAAAUCUUUCAAAUCUAUUCAGAUUGGAACCUCCUUGGGACGAUGUCUCCGAUGUAUCCGAAAUUGAUAAGCAAUUCUUCUUUGCGAAUAUUAUAGAACAAUUUGCAGGUGCUGUUCAGUACAGUGGAGAUAAUGCCGCGGGAUACGCGCGUCUGGUCAUGGUAUACCGGAUAUGUGCAGAAUUAUGCGUGAACGAGGGCAAGCCAUUCAAAAUAUCGCCAAGUUCAAUGAAUACAUGA